GUAAUUUGGACUAAACCCAUCUCCAUUAAACUCUCUAUCUCUCUAUAUAUACAAUCAAAUCUACAUCUUGAAGCUAAUAGAACAGAGAACUCGAGAAAAUGUCUGAAUCGGACGAUGAAGCGAGCGGAGAGGAUUAUCUAUUCAAGGUGGUAGUCAUUGGGGAUUCCGCUGUUGGCAAAUCUAAUCUUCUUUCUCGAUAUGCUCGUAAUGAGUUUAAUCCGCAUUCAAAGGCUACAAUUGGCGUCGAAUUUCAGACCCAGAGCUUGGAGAUUGAUGGAAAGGAAGUCAAGGCUCAGAUUUGGGAUACUGCUGGUCAGGAACGUUUUCGUGCUGUCACAUCUGCUUAUUAUCGAGGUGCUGUCGGCGCUCUACUUGUUUAUGAUAUUAGUCGCCGCACUACCUUUGAUAGCAUCGCUCGUUGGCUCGAUGAGCUUAAUACUCACUGCGAUACAACAGUUGCAAGGAUACUAGUUGGAAACAAAUGUGAUCUGGAACACAUAAGAGAUGUGCCUGUGGAGGAAGGAAAAGCUCUUGCAGAAGCUGAAGGAUUGUUCUUUAUGGAGACAUCUGCUCUCGAUUCCACAAAUGUAGUACAAGCUUUUGAGAUGGUGAUUCGAGAGAUUUACCGCAAUGUAAGCAGGAAGGCUUUGAACUCCAAUUCUUACAAGGCACAGUUAUCAGUCAAUAGAGUAAGCCUUGAUAGAGAAGUGGAUGGUUCAUCUAAUAAGCAAAGUUCAGGCUGCUGCUCUAGGUAGUAGUUGGCAAGGUUCAUCAUCUGUUUUUUUUUCUCUUCUUUUUAUUUGCAAUUAUGGUUUGUUAAAUUAAUUGAAGGAGAUGACAUUCUUAAAUCUGUUAUAUUCUUAUAUAUACAUAUUACAUACAAUACUUUUUGUGGGCACCUUUGAUUUGUGUUAAAAGGGUUGUUUUUUUAAUGGGGCAUGGUUUCAUUUGUAAGCAAAUUUUGUAUCUGAAUUUUGGAUUUUGUUGAGAAUCUGCCAAUUAAAAUUUC